AUGAGUCGAUUAUUUCUAGUGUUUCUACUGGUGUGUGUGCUUGCUGCCUUUGCUCAGUGGGGUCACCAUCACCAUCACCACAGCCACUCACAUUCACAUUCACAUUCCCAUGAACACUUCAACCGUGGGGGAUAUUAUGGCCGGGGCGGAUACUACGGCCGUGGCGGAAACUAUGGCGGUGGUGGUUACAAUCCUUACUACAAUCAAUUCAAUGGUGGAUGGGGAAGAAAGUAA